UGACAAAAUGAUCCAACAAAUUAUAGUUCCAGCUUAUCUCUUCCUACUUUAGCCGCCUUUAUUUCCGGUUUUGGUUCUCUCACUACAAUCAUAUUGAUAUUUAUUGUGUCAGACCAUUUAUACUAGUAUUUAUGUGUGUAUACAAUCUGGCUCAGAAAACUAUCAUCAUUUAAACCGUGACAUCGACCUUUAUAGUACUUGGUUCCUGAGUUUUGGUCAAGUUUCUUAUCCGCGUUUGUUCUCUGGUUUUGGUGAAUUGAGCAUGAAAAUAUCUGGUUUAGCUUUGGAAUGGUACUUCGAAUUUGAGCAUAAGAAGUAUCAGUUUCUCUGAUAUUAUUAUAUCAUCCUUGAGUAGGGUUUUAGGUUGGAGAACUUUUGAUAGAAUUUGGGAAAUUGAAGGUGCCCCUUUUGAUCACUUUCAAACCCUGGAACUAAAAAAUCAGAAGGCUUUUCUACUUCAAACACUUAUUUUGAUCUGGGUUUCUCUCCUUUGUCAAUUUGGCUAACUGGGCUUUGAAGACUUUGGUUGUCUUUGGUGGCAGUGAUUGCGGCAAUUGAAUUCCUCCUUAAAACUGAUAUAUAGCUCUUUUUAUAUAUGGGUUUCUCUCCUUUCUCAAUUUGGUGAACCUAUUUACCAAUAUCUAUCGGUCUAUAUAUAUAUAUAUAUGUGAACUGGGUUUGAAGACUUUGGUUGACUUUGGCGGUGAUUGCGGAGAUAUAUAGGGGGAUUCUAAACUUGCAACCCUUUUUACAUUCUGGUUAAACUGGUUUGUUAGUUCAUUGAACUGGGCAUGCACCACAUUCCUUGACAUGUGAGGUGUCUGCUGACUGGUUUAUAUGUUAGUCGGUUUUGCUUGAUGGCUACUUAAUGAAUCCAGCUAUGCUUUGUUUAAUUCUCAAAGAUGGAAUUUAGGUGCAAUGUUUUGUUGAGAAUGGCUGUGGUUGUGUUCACUCUGUUGUUGGUGGUGCAAUUGCCAAGAAUCUUUGCCUCCAGAUUGUUAAUAGAGUCAGAGGCCUGUGGAACUGAUCACAUCAGCCAUUUGGGUUACUCUGGUCAUGAAUUGUUUUACAUAAAUGGGAAAUUAGUAGACAAAGAUAUGUUCUGCAAUGCCGUAAAAUCCUAUCAUGCAAAUCAUUGCUUCAUCACUGGAAAUGUCAGAAGUUACUGUGGAUUGGAGCAUUCUUUAGGUGAGUUGUCUCUGAAGGCAGGAAGUAAGUUUUUGCAAAAGGUGGUUAGAGAAGAAUCUGCAAGCCAUAAUUUUGAUCGGAAAAGUCAACCGAGUGGAUGCAAAUCUCUGUUAACCCCAAAAAAGUUGACGGCCAUGGCAGUACCAGGAAUUUUUGUUCUGUGUUGUAGUUUUCUUUGCCCAUGUUUUCAUAAGAGGAGGAAAGAAACAGGCCACGAUGUUCUUUCCAAGAACCCAAGUUCAAUGGGUUCAGUUUCCUCUGUGGAAGUGAAUUCUGCUUUUGAAAAGAUUCAAGGCAGUCCACUAAGACUUCCGCCUACUCCUAGAUUUUCCAUGUCCCCAGAUCUUAAAAGAGUUGGAUCAGUUCAUCUCAAUAUGAGUCAGGUUGCUAAAGCCACGAAGAAUUUUUCACCUACCAUGAAGAUUGGUGAGGGAGGCUUUGGAACUGUCUACAAGGCCCAGCUACAAGAUGGCCAGAUAGUUGCCAUAAAACGAGCAAGGAAGGAACUCUUCGAAGCUCUAAGAACUGAAUUCAGCAGCGAAGUUGAACUUCUGACAAGGAUUGAUCAUAGAAAUCUAGUAAAGCUGCUUGGUUAUGUUGAUAAAGGAAAUGAACGCCUAAUUAUUACGGAAUAUAUGCCGAAUGGUACCCUAAGAGAUCAUUUGGAUGGUUUGCGGGGUAAAGUCUUGGAUUUUAAUCAGCGACUUGAAAUCUCCAUUGAUAUUGCUCAUGCCUUGACUUAUCUCCAUCUCUAUGCAGAGAAGCAGAUUAUCCACCGAGAUGUGAAGUCAUCUAAUAUUCUUCUGACUGAGAGCAUGAGAGCCAAAGUAGCUGAUUUUGGAUUUGCGAGGCUUGGUGCAAUGGACUCGGAUAAAUCACAUGUUUCAACCAAAGUGAAAGGGACUAUUGGUUACCUUGACCCUGAGUAUAUGAGGACCCGUCAACUCACAGCUAAGAGCGAUGUAUACUCAUUUGGGAUUUUACUAUUAGAAAUUCUAACAGGCCGUCGCCCUGUGGAGUUGACUACACCUGCCAAUGAAAGGGUGACGCUUAGAUGGGCCUUCAAGCAGUACAAUGAAGGAAACGUUACGGGGAUGAAGGAUCCUCUAAUGCAGGAGGUGGUAGAUGAGCAGAUAUUAAUGAAAAUGUUUGAUUUGGCAAUCCAAUGUGCAGCGCCCACACGUACCGAUCGUCCAGACAUGAAGUCAGUGGGAGAGCAGUUGUGGGGUAUUAGGAUGGGUUACCUCAAGACAGGAAGCAGAGGAAAUUAAGUGCAAAUUGAGUGUGUGAUUAUUCAAAAAGUCGGUUGUCAUGUAGAGAAUCCUAAACUAAGCUAUUCUCGUCUUUUCAUUUUAGUUUGAUACCCUGUUGUGUAGCAUGCAUUAACAGGAAUAAGCUAUUUAUUCACUUGUUUGAA